UUAAUAAGUAUUGGGUGAUGUGAUUAGAAAAAGCCUACCCCAGCACUAUUCCUUUGGGUUUGAGAGAUUGGAAGUCUUAGCAGUAUUUGCCUCCACAGUUCUGGCACAGCUUGGAGCACUUUUUAUAUUAAAAGAAAGUGCUGAGAGGUUUCUGGAACAACCAGAGAUUCACACGGGUCGAUUGUUGGUUGGCACUUUUGUGGCACUGUCUUUCAACUUGUUUACAAUGCUGUCUGUUAGAAACAAACCUUUUGCUUAUGUCUCUGAAGGUCCUGGAGGAAAGGAAGUGUAAGCAUUCCCUUGUUUGCAUUGCACUUUGGAGAAUGAUAAACAUGGCUGAAGACUUCUAUGCUUGAAAUGGACUCUUAUCUGUUUUUCAUGUUUUCUGAAUGGCACUGCAAAGGAAAGCUACAUUGGUACAGGAUCUGAGCUGCAAGUACAAGCUGGCUUCAGGAGCAUGUUGCCGAUCUCAGUCGGAGUUUGUGUGGUAUCAUUCCUGGCUUGAGCAGCAUAUUUCUUCCACGCAUGAAUCCUUUUGUCUUGAUCGACCUUGCUGGGGCUUUAGCUCUCUGCAUUACAUACAUGCUAAUUGAAAUUAAUAACUAUUUUGCUGUUGAUACUGCCUCUGCAGUAGCUAUUGCCUUGAUGACAUUUGGUACUAUGUAUCCCAUGAGUGUCUACAGUGGAAAGGUAUUGCUUCAGACUACACCAUCUCAUGUGAUUGGACAGCUGGAUAAACUUAUAAGAGAGGUUUCUACUUUGGAUGGUGUUUUAGAAGUUCGAAACGAACACUUCUGGACAUUGGGGUUUGGUUCAUUGGCUGGAUCAGUACAUGUGAGAAUUCGAAGAGAUGCCAAUGAACAAAUGGUACUUGCUCAUGUGACCAACCGAUUAUGUACAUUAGUGUCUACUUUGACAGUUCAGAUUUUCAAAGAUGACUGGAUCAGGCCUACCUUGACCACUGGACCUAUAGCAAACAGUAUGCUGACUCUUUCAGAUCAUCAUAUAAUUCCCAUGCCACCUCUAAAGGCUACAGAAAACUCUAGCCCUGCCACAUCCACUCCAGCUAGAGCAAGCAGCCCCCCUCCUGAAUUCUCUUUUAAUACUCCAGGCAAAAAUAUGAACCCAGUCAUUCUGGCAAACACUCAGGCAAGACCGUAUGGACUAGGCUUCAACCGUGGAACUGUACCUUACAGCAGUGUCUUCACUUCAGGAUUAGGGAUGCCAGCAAUAGGAGCAACGCAGGGAUUCAGGACUGGUCUUAUAAAUGCCCCCCACAGAUAUGGAACUAGCACUCGAGGUCAGUCCAGACCUUAAUAAACUAUUUCUCAUA